AUGGCCCCCGCGAGAGUGGACGAACCUCUUCUCGACAACACGCCGUCCCCGGGGUCUUCGUCCGAUAAAGAAAACCGUACACUUCCCGUCCCUCGAGGAGGAAAGCGAAAGAGCGACCAAGGCAUGCCCUCCCACGCCUUGCCCUCGGAAUCGUCAGUUACCAAGCGGAGAAGACUGGCUGAAAAAAAUGCAAAUGCUACUACUCAAAGCCAAGUCCAGUCAUCGCAAAGGCCCACUUCCGACUUCUAUGACCCCGACCAAGAUGUCACCGAACGUCGUGAGAUUAGAAAGAGCCUGCGGAAUCUCACCCGUGAUUUGCAUGACUAUAGGAACGAGUACCUUCAGGCAGGAAACAAGGGUAUCCUGAGUACGAUCCAAAAAGCGAACGAUAUUUUCGUCCGUGUCAAGCAGACAUCAGAUGCGACCGUCGACUCUCAUCUCUUGGUCAAUGCGGCGGAUUUAUCGUAUAAAAAAUCGGCACAACUCGCGACGGAUGGAGCAGUUGCUGGUAUUGAUGUUGACGAGUUUGUCUCCAAAUGCAUGUCUUUCAUGCGCCAGGGCCCGGCAACCGAGCCUUCCUCGAUACCUAGUAGUACUCAACGACGAACACAUCGCCGCCCCGAUGGCGCACAGAGUGAUGAAGACGAAGGGGAUGCAUUAAAUUGGGAUUGGUUGGGUCGAGCCGCAUGCUUUCCUCAUAAUGCCCGUCCGUCAUUGUCCAGCUUUCUCCUUGGUCCAUUGUCAGUCCAGAAACGCAGUCGACAGUUUACGCAACGAAGAGCGGCCAAUCGCAUUGAUAGAUCGCAGGUGGUACAGCCACACGACUUAGCGGAAGAGGACUUGGACAAGCAAGAGACGUCUAAUCUGACAGCAAUGUGCACAAGUAUCAAUGAGCUUCUGCGGAAAACUCAGAAGGAAAAUCAACAUGCCGCCAAUGAGGAGUUGAGUGCACUGACGGAGGAGCCCACUGACGAAGAGCUUCAAGAGGCCAUGGAUAGGCACAAUAUUUCCGAUGAUGGGGGCCUCUCACUCUUCCGGUUUUGCAUCAACCCCGAUUCAUUUGGACAAAGUGUGGAAAACCUUUUCUACGUGAGCUUUCUGAUUAGGGAUGGCAUCGUUGGUAUAUCUUUCGAUAGUCGAGGUUUACCUACUUUACAGGCAGCAACACCGUUUGCUCCAAGUGAAGCACAGGCGAAGGGUGUCCAAAGACAUCAAGCCGUCUUCAGCCUCGACUUCGAUACCUGGGAGGACUUGGUUAAGGUGUAUGAUCUGGAGAACAGGAAAUCCAUCAUUCCACAUCGGAAUGAAGAAGAGAUCCAAAACAAUCGGCCGCAAGGCUGUCCCAAGAAUCCUCUUCCUUUUCCAAACGCAACUACAGAACCCAACCACCCAGGAAAAAAUAACAAUUGGUCCCAGGAGCUGGAGAAAGUAUUCGCAAUGGCCUCGAAAUUAUUUACCGGCGAUCCGACCAAGGUCAUGGUGAUCCGCCAGGUCACUCCCCAGAUCACCACGUUGAGCGUCCCGUUUUCGCGAUUUGGUUUGAUCAAAUUUGGGGGGAGAGCCACUUUUGUGAAAUUAGCCACCGGGAAUAUGCUCGUUGUGUCUCCCGUCGCUCUGACGCCCGAAGUCCAAGAGACGAUUACGUCGCAAGGAGGAAAUAUCAAAUACAUCGCAGCGCCAGAUUUGGAGCACCAUCUAUAUUUGUCGGCAUGGAAGAAAGCAUUCCCCGAUGCAGAUAUCAUCGCGCCCGAGGGGCUACACGAGAAGCGCCAGAGCAACCCCGAGCACAAGGAUACGCACUUUACCCACAUUCUCACCAAGGCAAACAAGCAUGAUAUCCAUAUAUCAGAGGAGUUCGACAGGGAGUUCGACAUUGAAUACGUCGACGGACACGGGAAUAAGGAAAUCGUGUUCCUGCACAAACCGACAAAGACGAUGAUUCAGGCCGAUUUGAUCUUCAACCUCCCGGCGAAGGAGCAAUACUCGCACACCAAUGAAUCGCCAACAUCGGGCAUUUGGACGAAAAUCUUUAGUCCGUUGGUCUCAGCAAAUCCACCGCCCGCGACAUGGCACAAGCGCUUUGUAUGGUAUAUCACUGCCAACGACCGCAAGAGCGUUGGUGAGUCUGUUGCGCGCAUGAACGCCUGGGACUUCGAUCGGAUUAUUCCUUGUCACGGGGAUGUCAUCGAGACAGGAGGGAAAGCAGUCUUUCAGAAUGUUUUUGAAUGGUUUUUGAAAUGA